CCUGGUUAAUUUCUUCCACAAUGAUCAAUGGCAAGGACAUUUACGAUGUCCUUUCGGCUAUCGUUCCUCUCUACGUAGCCAUGUUAUUGGCUUACGGCUCCGUCCGGUGGUGGAAAAUCUUCUCGCCGGAUCAAUGCGCCGGAAUUAACCGAUUCGUCGCCGUUUUCGCAGUUCCUUUACUCUCCUUCCAUUUCAUCUCCACCAAUGAUCCGUACAUGAUGAACUACCGUUUCAUCGCAGCGGAUUCUCUGCAAAAACUUGUCAUCCUCACCGCUCUCUUUCUCUGGAACGCUUUCACCAAAACCGGCAGCCUCGAAUGGGUCAUCACGCUUUUUUCCCUUUGCACUUUACCAAACACUCUCGUCAUGGGGAUCCCGCUUCUGCAAGCCAUGUACGGAGAAUUCUCUGGGUCGUUGAUGGUCCAGAUUGUGGUGUUGCAGAGCGUGAUUUGGUAUACUCUCAUGUUGUUCCUGUUCGAGUACAGGGGAGCCAAGCUUUUAAUCGCCGAGCAGUUUCCCGAAACCGCCGGGUCUAUAACCUCGUUUCGAGUUGACUCCGACGUCGUUUCGUUAAACGGGAGAGAACCAUUGCAGGCGGAUGCGGAGAUCGGCGAUGACGGGAAGCUUCACGUGGUGGUUAGAAGGUCAAGCGCCGCGUCAUCGAUGGUCUCUUCGUUCAAUAAAACGCAUGGGAUGAACUCGUUGACUUCUAUGACUCCACGUGCAUCAAAUUUGACUGGCGUUGAGAUUUAUUCAGUGCAGUCUUCAAGAGAGCCGACGCCAAGAGCUUCAAGUUUUAAUCAGACAGAUUUCUACGCCAUGUUUGCCAGCAAAGCUCCGAGUCCUAAACAUGGAUACACCAACAGUUUCCAUGGCGACGUUUACUCUCUGCAAUCUUCCAAAGGAGCAACACCGAGGACGUCGAAUUUCGACGAGGAGAUGUUGAAGAUAAACGCGAAGAAACGAGGAGGGAGGAGUAUGAGCGGUGAGCUUUUUAAUGGCGGUCUGCCAUCUUAUCCCCCUCCGAAUCCCAUGUUCGCCUCAGGGUCCACAAGCGGCUCCGUCGGCGGUGGUACGAGGAGGAAGGAAAACGGCGGCGGGGGCGCAAGCAUUUCGGCAGGAACGACGACGCCGAACAAGGAGCUUCACAUGUUUGUGUGGAGCUCGAGCACGGCGUCUCCAGUGUCGGAAGGGAACAUGAGACAUGCAGUUCAGAAAGGCGGCUCCACCGAUUUGGCCGCCAUGGAUGCCAAGCAAGAAAAUGCCGCUUCAAGAGCUAUGCAGCGUUUGAUAGAGAAUAUGAGUCCGGGAAGGAAAGAUCAUCAGCAACAGGUGGAGAUGGAGGAAGGGAGCAAGGUGCAGGGAGGUGUGAAUGGAACGUCGCCGUUUAAUUACCAGAAGAAGUUAAGCGUUGAGGGAGGAGAGGGAGGUGGAAGGAAACAGAGAAUGCCUCCUGCAAGUGUGAUGACAAGACUCAUCCUCAUCAUGGUCUGGAGAAAGCUCAUCAGAAAUCCUAACACCUAUGCCAGUCUCCUUGGCUUGGCUUGGUCCCUCGUGUCUUUCAAGUUACAUGUCAAAAUGCCAAAAAUUAUAAGUGCAUCCAUAUCCAUAUUAUCAGACACUGGUCUGGGCAUGGCUAUGUUCAGUCUAGGAUUAUUCAUGGCACUACAACCCAAGGUGAUAGCUUGUGGGAAAUCAGUGGCAUUAUUUUCCAUGGCGGUUCGGUUCUUAACAGGUCCAGCAGUGAUGGCUGCUUGCUCUAUUGCCAUUGGCAUUCGUGGUGUUCUUCUUCAUGUUGCAAUUGUCCAGGCUGCUCUUCCUCAAGGUAUAGUUCCUUUUGUAUUUGCCAAGGAAUACAACGUGCAUGCCAAUAUACUUAGCACAGGGGUUAUAUUUGGAAUGCUGAUUGCCUUGCCGAUAACAAUAAUCUACUACGUGCUUCUUGGACUAUAAUUAAUUAAUUAAAUUGUUGGGAAGCAAAGUCGAGGAAAUUACAAACAAGAUCGGACCAAGUUGGUGGGAAAAUAUUGGAUUCAGGGCCUUAGAUA